UGCAGUGUGUAGCUGAGUUCAUUACCUGCAUACCAACCAGUCUUUGCAAUCAUUUUAUCUUCUCUUUGAUGAAGACUAUUAACAGUGGAUACCUGAGCAUGGUGGAGCAUGCUUCUAAUCCUAGCAUUUGAGAGGUGGGAUCAGUUGGAUUAGGAGCUUCCUUGGUUACAUAGGGAGUUAGGCUAACCUACACUAGAUGAGAUCUUGCCUGAAGAGAUAGACAGACAGACAAAAUGGUGGCCAUUUGGAUAGAACAACUUGCAGUCCCUACAAAGGCAGAACCCUUCUUCCUACCACCUGCUCAGCUCAAGAUGAGUCUGCAGUGGGCCAACAGGUGGAAGAUGGAGCUUCGAGUAGGUAUAUCCCAGAUUGCCUGACCACACACAUAGACCUCCCCAAGAGACUUGACUUAUAGUUAGAGCUUUGCUGCCUUGCUAACUACCUUUUGAGGAUCAGGGGCACUUUACUCAGCUGAGUGCAUUCUCAACUGUUUAGAAUGCAGUGCCAAAUUCUUGGCCCAAGUAUCUGGAAAGAUGGAGAGCCUAGAGUACCUGUCUCCCUCAUGCAAAGCAGAGCUUCCAUGGGGCUAUCUGCUCACACCCUAUGCUAGGUGUUUGCUGAGACUCCCUAAGAGAAGGGGGUGGGACAUGGGAUGAGAACAGGCUGCUGUUUAUGGCUGACUCUCUGAGGGGAAGCAUAGUCUUACAGUUAGGUUCUGGGGCCUCAGAUGCAGAGAUAUAAAUCUGAGUAGACAUCAGGAGAUCUUAUCAGCUUACUCGUGAGGUGAGGCUGUGGCUACUCUGGCCUCCUGUAGCCCCCAUUCUGCCUUGGCCUGGAAAGUCCCCAGUUGUAGCCAGGUGGUCGUUGCGACAUUCACCCUGGACCUUCUGAUCCUAGGAAGAGCAGGAAAAGGACUAGACCUAUCACUUAGGCCCCUCUCCAAGUCCUUCUGUCCUCACAGGCCACACACAGAGUGUCGGGGAUGUUGAAUAGAGAGAGCCAUUAAUCUGCCUUUGGCUACCUGCAGGCCAGGUUUGAGUCUGUUUACCCUGCAGGUAUGUGGAAAGUCCAGGCGCAGUGCUGGAGAAGUCACCCAACUGUGACAGGUGGUUCUGAUGGGGGCUUUUCAGUGCUUGGAGACAUAAAGAUUCUUAUUCUUAUUCCUUUUACUUAAAAAUCAAGCAAGCAAACAAACAAACCAAAACAACAUUGUGACCUUCUCAGCAUCCCCAUUAGACACUGUCUGUCCUCCUAGGAAGAGUGGGUAGAACAGACGUCUUCUGAACUUACCAUACUGACAGGGGUGAGGACCUAGUCCCAAGACAUGCUCGGCUCUUGACUACACGUGGUUGUAGGCAGCUAGUAGGUGUGUAAGCAUGGGAGAAGCUUGCCUGGUUGUAGGCAGUUAGAAGGUGUGUAAGCAUGGGAUAAUGUCUGCUAUGAGCAAUCACAGCUUUACGUACCUGAGGAGCCACAAGAGGGAGCUGCUGGCUUAUCAAAGACGGUAAGCAGUUCUUUAUCUCUGCUGUCACCCACGGUAUUUCUACAGAGAAUAAAUGUUCUAUCAUAGCCACUCUCUUACUGUUUAGCUAUUUAUAUAGGAUGCAGUGCUGAGGAACGAACUCAGAACCUUGUACGUGGCGGGCCAGCACUCUGCCACUUAGCUACAUGCCCAGCCCUCUAAUUUUCAUCUUUCUUUCAACUCUUUUAAGUAGAAUGACAGACUCAGAAUUUCAGAACUGAAAGCCAGGCAGUUCAGCUCUUCACUUUCUUAUUUACAAGGAGACUAACCAAAGAAGUUAAGCCGCGUACCCCAGUAAUGAGAUGCUUAGGUGUUCCAACCCGAGUCGUUUCCAAUUUCCAUUCUGCACACAACACAGAUGGAAACUUGACCAUCGACACCUACUAUGAUCGAACCGCAGAAAUGCUGACGGCUCAGAGGCCAGACAAAAUCUGGAACUUCCACGUCUGGAAUGAGUGCUGGAUGAUCAGGAAAGACCUUCCACCAGGGUACAACGGCUGGCAGGUUCUGGACCCCACCCCCCAGCAAACCAGCAGUGGGUUGUUCUGCUGUGGCCCUGCCUCUGUGAAAGCCAUCAAGGAAGGGGACGUCCAGCUGCCCUAUGAUACCCCUUUUGUGUAUGCAGAAGUGAACGCUGAUGAGGUCGUUUGGCUUUUUGAGGGUGGCCAGGUCCAGGAGAUCCUGGCCCAUAACACCAGUUACAUUGGGAAAGCAAUUAGCACCAAGAUGGUAGGGUCAGAUGAGCGCCUGGACAUCACCAGUUCCUACAAGUAUCCAGAAGGAUCCUCUGAGGAGCGGUCUGCAUUCAUUAAGGCUUCCUGGAAAUUGCUGGAACCGAGAAGGAACGCUUCAUCUCUCCUGGAUCUCCUAGGGUCUGAGAACUUAAAGGCUAAGCCUGUGAGGCUGCAACUCCACCUGGUUAGGGCACCCAUGUGGGGCCAGGACCUGCCGCUCAUGCUAUAUGUCCAGAGGGUGCCAGUCAGAGACCAUGUUCAGGGCUCUGUCGGACUGACGGUGCGCUUUUGUGCACAGGCCCUCCUGCAUGGGGGUGGAACUCGGAAACCGUUCUGGAGACACAUAGUACACUUGAAUGUGGAUUUUGAGAAGGAGCUACAGUGGCCGUUCCUGCUGCCCUACAGCAGUUACAGGGACAAGCUGACAGAUGAAAGGCUGAUCCGUGUGGCUGGCAUCGCUGAGGUUGAAGAGACAGGGCAGUUCAUUCUGGUCCUAAAAGAUUUCUCUCUGGAGCCUCCCCACUUGUCUAUUGAGGUGUUUGAAAGGGCUGAGGUGGGCAAGGCUCUGGAUAUCCACAUCACCCUCACCAACACCCUGAUGGUGCCUCUGAAUAACUGCACCAUGGUUCUGGAGGGGAGUGGCCUCAUCAAUGGGCAGAUGACAAAAGACCUUGGGACUCUGAUGGCCGGACACACUAUCCGAAUUCAUCUGGAGCUCUACCCCAUCAAAGCUGGGCCCCACCAGCUACAAGUCCUCAUCAGCAGCAGUGAGGUCAAGGAGAUCAAAGGCUACAAGGACAUCUUGGUUGCUGCAGCUCCAGCCUCCUGAGGCCUGCCUUCCUACUGCCCUUCCCAGUGUUUGUCCCAGCCUCCCUUCCCACCCCCAGCACAGCCUCCCUUCCCACCCCUAGCACAGCCUC